AUGACCUCUGGCCGAGUCCCACUUCCAUCCCCGUCCAACAACUUCGACUUCAUCUCCCAACGACAAGAUGAAGAAACAAAAGAAAACAGGCUUCAAAGACGAAAGCAUAGACAUCAUGGAUCCCAACCAUCACCCGUGUUCCCCACAAUUCAUGUCGGUGAAGGCCGUUGCGGGAAAGCCAUGUCACUCACUUGAACAAGUCAGCCAGCCAGCCAGCCAGCCAACCAAACCAGGCAUCAGACAACGA